AUGGUUCAAGAAGAUGGGAGGAGUAUGCUUAACUUAGCCCAUGAUGCAUGGGUGAGUAGCUCUUGUUGGAGAAGCAGGGCACGUGCAAGUUCUAGCUCAAAUGCUUCUGCAUGGGAGCUUAAGCUAAGCUUAGAGCAAAACUUUGCACGUGCUCCCCUUCUCCAACACAAGUUUCUCACCUCUUUCUUUCUAGCCCUGUUUGCCGAACAAGCCAUGUGA